ACCGUAUUUGGGAGUGUUUCCGUAUGGGCGUAGAAGAAGUACAGAGAGCGUCAAUGGUACUACUUUAUCUCCAAUGGUGAUUUUGGUAAUUGCUGUUGCUCUCUCCGCACACACAUCUGAUUGAUAGGUGACCUUCGAUCUCACUGAGGAACACCGACAUCAGGAUAGAUAGUGUGCCAUAGUUGUUGGUUUUUAUGUGAAUCUAGGGUUUUGGGAAAUUUCCGAUUGCGGGAGCAGCUUGGUGUUAAUGGCUGAUGAGGAGAUUGAGUACGAGAGCGAUCCGGAGGAGGGGAAGCUGUCGUUGAAGUUGCGGAGGAGAGAAGCGAGCGACGAUGAGGAAGAAGACGGUGGCCGCCGGGCGAAACCACCGCGAAGAGUCGAUGAUUCCGACGGGGAAUCUGAAGGCGCUGCGGCGGAGUAUGAGGAUGAAGUGAGGGAAGGAGAAGGAGAGAGGGAGAGAGAUUAUGAUUCGGAUGAGGAAGAGUAUUUGGAUGAGGAAGAAAGCGGCGGCGGUGGUGUGGAGGUUGUGGCUGUGGAAAGAUUGGAUGGUGGAGAAGCUUCCGGAGCAGUCUCAAAUGAGUUAACGGAGAAGGAAGUGAGCAAUGAUGCAGAGGAGAUUGAAAUUGAGGAUAGUUUAGUGGUAGAUGGUGAGCACGAGGGAGACAGGAAGGAGAUAGAGCCCUAUGCCGUGCCUACUGCUGGAGCAUUUUACAUGCACGAUGACAGGUUCCGCGACAAUGUCCGGGGCCGGAAUAGGCGAACGCUUGGAGGAAGAAGGUUAUGGGAAUCCAAAGAUGAGAAGAAAUGGGGACAUGAUAAGUUUGAGGAGCUGACUAUGCAGGAAAGGUAUCAUGAGGAGGCACGAAGGGGUUCUAAGGGCCAUUACAGAGGUCGAGGUAGAAACAGAGGCUCAGGCCGUGGCUAUGCACAAGGAAACAGACCCAGAGAAUAUAAUGAUUAUAAUAUCACCCAGCCUAACAACAAUCCAAAGAUUGUUCCUAAGAGUGUCAGGGGGCGGGGGCCUCGAAGAUAUCAGCCAUCUUACAAGAACAGUAAUGAAGCACCUGUUGCACAAAAGUAUCAAUCUGGAAAAUAUGUGGAGAAGCAUUCAAAUGUUCGUUCUGAGAAGACCACCCAAGCUGUAUCGAAUUCAGAAACUGAGGUGGUUCAGCCCAGGAAACAAGUAGCCUCCAAUCUCAACAUUGCUUCUCCUCCAUUUUAUCCAACUGGUUCUUCCUCAAAAGAUAACAUUGGGCCACUUAAGAGGGAUGUCCAGACUGGUACAAUCAAUCAAAAUGGUCAGCAAUCAAUACUGGAUGAGGGUUCUAACAUGGCCAGGCCGAUGAGGGGAAAGAGCAGAGUGGAUUCCAUUGGUUUUAAUAAACUGUACAUUGAUGGUUCUGCAUCAGCAAUGACUGGGAAGCCGCAGACCACUGUGCAAAUGUCAGUGACUGGUUCGGCAAAUAUGAACCCUACUCAACCUCAGUUGAGGGGUCAAGGAAGAGGAACAAAUGUCACAGCACAUAUAUCCUAUCAACCGGAUCCAUCUAGUAACCAAGUGAACAAGGCCCCUUCAUCCGGCCAGCCUCAGAACUUCCAAAGGAACACUGGUCAAAGUCGUAGUCAAUCUACAGCUCAAGGUUCCAUUCAGCAAUUUACACAGCAUUUGCCUGGUGGGCAUCGAACUUCUUCCCCACCAUCGGCUGCUGGCUCAGUUAAUGCAUUUGAAUCUGGAGAGAUGCAAUCUGCUUCAGAUUCAAAUCAGGCGAAGUCUGCAGGAGUUUCCAAAGGAAAAGGGGUUGUGCAAAGCAGCGGGAAGGGCUCCUUCAUGUAUAGUGGAGCUCAGGUUAUUGGGGCUACUGGUAGUAUGGCUGGUUCCGACCAAAACUUCCCUGCUUUCUUGCCAGUCAUGCAAUUUGGGGGCCAGCAUCCUGGAGGAAUUGGCGUUCCUGCCGUUGGCAUGGCUUUCCCGGGAUAUGUUGGUCAACCACAACUCGGUCAUGGGAGUCCUGAAAUGACUUGGUUACCAGUCUUAGCCGGUGCUGCUGCUGGAGCAUUAGGUGCAGCAUAUUGUCCUCCAUAUAUCACCGUUGAUGGUUCAUAUAAUCCUCGGCCAUCUGGACAGGCACCUUCAACAACUACUUCAAGUAAAGAAACUACUACAGCAAAAGGCAAUAAUGAUUGGAAGCCAAAGAGUCCAGAGAUUGCAAGCGAUGAUUUUGGGCAGAGGCAAAAGAAUCCGCGAAGAUACACAGAGAUGAAGUUUGAUCAGUGAAGUUAUGGAAGUUGUGAAAUCCUUUGGAAUAAAAAGACCAAAAAAAUGUAUCUCUUCCAUCGAUUGGCUUUAGCAGAGAGUUUCUUGGGUGUGGUUUUGGUAAAGCCUUACUACAAAGCCCUUUGUGUUUCUCCAGGUCUUGACCUGGACCACUUUGGGCUACUGCAUAGUUUGAGAUAAUUUAGAUAUAUCUUAAAAAACACCUGAUUUCGGGGCUUAUUAAACGCAGCAGAAUGGCGAAUGGCAUCCCUAGUUCUUUUAUGAUGUUAUUUAUCUUGCAUUAGAUUUUUCCUUGAGCGUACGAGAUGAUUGUGACUGGACGAGCUCCUGGUGAUAUGUGGGAAUAACAAGUAUUGUUGUGCAGCUUUCGCUUGUUUUGUGAAACUGGGUUUGUGUUGCUUUCAUAAAUGGUGAGCAUUUUCCAAUUCUAUCCUUGUUUGGAGAAUUUGCAAAUGGCAUUUACCCUUGUGUUAUCUAUUCUUUUGCUUGUUCUGCGUAGUGUCAAAUAUUAUCUGGCUUGGGACUAAAACUGCUUAUAUC